UCUCCCCGGAGCGGCGGCGCCUCCUCCGCCUCCUCGGCCUGCUCCCGGCGGAGACCCCGGCGCCGGUCUCCUCCCCGCCGCCGGAGAUGGAGGCGAACCCAGCGGGCGGCGGCGCCGGGGGCGGCGGGAGCAGCGGCCUAGGGGGCGAGGACGGGGUCCACUUCCAGAGCUACCCCUUCGACUUCCUGGAGUUCCUCAACCACCAGCGCUUCGAGCCCAUGGAGCUGUACGGCGAGCACGCCAAGGCCGUGGCGGCCCUGCCCUGCGCGCCGGGCCCGCCGCAGCCGCCGCCGCAGCCGCCGCCGCCGCAGUACGACUACCCGCCCGCGGCCCCCUUCAAACCCAAGGCGGAGGCGCCGUCCUCGUCCUCCUCGUCCUCGUCCUCGUCCUCGUCGUCCUCCUCGUCCUCGUCCUCCACCUCCGGCCAAGCCAAGAAGCCCGACCCGCCGCUGCCGCCCGCCUUCGGGGCGCCGCCGCCGCCGCUGUUCGACGCCGCCUUCGCCGCGCCGCAGUGGGGCAUCGUGGACCUCUCGGGGCACCAGCACCUGUUCGGGAACCUGAAGCGCGGGGGGCCGGCAGCUGGGCCGGGGGCGACGCCGGGGCUGGGCGCCCCCACGGGCGCCCCGGGGCCGCUGCCCGCCCCCGCGCAGACCCCGCAGGGCCCCGCGGCCGCCGCUGCCGUCGCGGGCGCCGCCUGCGACCCCACCAAGGACGACAAGGGCUACUUCCGGCGGCUCAAGUACCUGAUGGAGCGGCGCUUCCCGUGCGGCGUGUGCCAGAAGUCGUUCAAGCAGUCCUCGCACCUGGUGCAGCACAUGCUGGUGCACUCGGGGGAGCGGCCCUACGAGUGCGGCGUGUGCGGCCGCACCUACAACCACGUGUCCAGCCUCAUCCGCCACCGGCGCUGCCACAAGGACGCGCCGCCGCAGCCCGGCCUGCCGCUGCCGCCGCUCGGCCUGCCCGCGCCGGGCGCCCCCGCGCCCGCGCCCGCGCCCGCCCCGGGCUCCUCGGGCCCCGCCGCGCCGCCCGCCGCGCCGCCCGCGCCCGCCGCCUCGGCCGAGGGCAGCGCGGGCCCCACGGGGGCCGCCGCGCCGCCCGCGCCCGCCCCGGCCGGCGGCGAGGGCCCGUUCGCCUGCCCGCUGUGCUGGAAGGUCUUCAAGAAGCCGAGCCACCUGCACCAGCACCAGAUCAUCCACACGGGCGAGAAGCCCUUCUCGUGCUCCGCGUGCGGCAAGAGCUUCAACCGCCGCGAGAGCCUCAAGCGGCACGUGAAGACGCACUCGGCCGACCUGCUGCGCCUGCCCUGCGGCGUGUGCGGCAAGGCCUUCCGCGACGCCGCCUACCUGCUCAAGCACCAGGCGGCGCACGCGGGCGCGGGCCCGGGCGGCGCGCGGCCCGCCUACCCCUGCGACCUGUGCGGCAAGUCCUACUCGGCGCCGCAGAGCCUGCUGCGGCACAAGGCGGCCCACGCCGCGCCCGCCGCCGCCGCCGCCGGCGCCCCCGCCGCCGCCGAGGCGCCCAAGGACGGCGCGGCCUCGGGCCCGCAGCCGCCGCCCGCCUUCCCCCCGGGGCCCUACCUGCUGCCCCCCGACCCUCCCGCCACGGACAGCGAGAAGGCGGCGGCAGCCGCCGCGGCCGUGGUGUACGGCGCCGUGCCGGUGCCGCUGCUCGGGGCCCACCCGCUGCUGCUCGGCGGCGCCGGGGCCGGCGCGGCGGGCGGCUCGGGCGCCAGCGGCCCCGGGAAGACGUUCUGCUGCGGCAUCUGCGGGCGCGGCUUCGGGCGCCGGGAGACCCUCAAGCGCCACGAGCGCAUCCACACGGGCGAGAAGCCGCACCAGUGCCCCGUGUGCGGGAAGCGCUUCCGCGAGUCCUUCCACCUGAGCAAGCACCACGUGGUGCACACGCGCGAGCGGCCCUACAAGUGCGAGCUGUGCGGCAAGGUCUUCGGCUACCCGCAGAGCCUCACCCGCCACCGCCAGGUGCACCGGCUGCAGCUGCCCUGCGCGCUGGCCGGGGCCGCGGGCCUGCCCGCCAGCCAGGGCGCGCCGGGGGCCUGCGGGGCGGGGGCGGCGGGCGCGGCCGCCGGGCCCGCCGACGGGCUGAGCUACGCCUGCUCGGACUGCGGCGAGCACUUUCCGGAUCUCUUCCACGUCAUGAGCCACAAGGAAGCACACAUGUCGGAGAAGCCGUACGGCUGUGACGCGUGCGGCAAGACCUUCGGCUUCAUCGAGAACCUGAUGUGGCACAAGCUGGUGCACCAGGCCGCCCCCGAGCGCCUGCUGCCCCCCGCGCCCGGCGGCUCACAGCCCCCCGACGGCGCCGGCGGCGCGGACGCGGCCAGCGCGCUGGACAACGGGCUGGCAGGAGAGGUGGGCGCAGCCGUGGCGGCGCUGGCGGGGGUGUCCGGGGGCGAGGACUCGGGCGGGGCGGCGGUGGCCGGGGCUGGCGGGGGCGCCGGCGCGGGCCCCGAGCGCUUCAGCUGCGCCACCUGUGGCCAGAGCUUCAAGCACUUCCUGGGGCUGGUGACUCACAAGUACGUGCACCUGGUGCGGAGGACCCUGGGCUGCGGGCUGUGCGGCCAGAGCUUUGCGGGCGCCUACGACCUGCUGCUGCACCGCCGCAGCCACCGGCAGAAGCGCGGCUUCCGCUGCCCGGUGUGCGGGAAGCGCUUCUGGGAGGCGGCCCUGCUGAUGCGCCACCAGCGCUGCCACACGGAGCAGCGGCCCUACCGGUGCGGCGUGUGCGGGCGGGGCUUCCUGCGCUCCUGGUACCUGCGGCAGCACCGCGUGGUGCACACGGGCGAGCGGGCCUUCAAGUGCGGCGUGUGCGCCAAGCGCUUCGCGCAGUCGUCCAGCCUGGCGGAGCACCGCCGGCUGCACGCGGUGGCCCGGCCGCAGCGCUGCGGCGCCUGCGGGAAGACGUUCCGCUACCGCUCCAACCUGCUGGAGCACCAGCGGCUGCACCUGGGCGAGCGCGCCUACCGCUGCGAGCACUGUGGCAAGGGCUUCUUCUACCUGAGCUCCGUGCUGCGCCACCAGCGCGCCCACGAGCCGCCGCGGCCCGAGCUGCGCUGCCCCGCCUGCCUCAAGGCCUUCAAGGACCCCGGCUACUUCCGGAAGCACCUGGCGGCCCACCAGGGCGGGCGGCCCUUCCGCUGCUCCUCCUGCGGCGAGGGCUUCGCCAACACCUACGGGCUGAAGAAGCACCGCCUGGCGCACAAAGCCGAGGGGGCGGGGGCGGGGGCCCUGCCGGGGGCGGGGGCGGGGGCCCUGCCGGGGAAGGACGCCUGA